AGCGCGGCCAUGGGCACGCGCGGGCUGGAGGCGGCCGUGGUGGAGCCAGAGCCGGAGCCGGGACAGGCCCGCGAAGGCACUACAGAGAGAGGGCCUGCCGAGGGCCAGCCUGUGGUGAUCCUCCUAGGCUGGGCCGGCUGCCAGGACAAAUACCUGGCCAAAUACAGCACAAUCUACAGCCAGAAGGGGUGCACGGUCAUCCGUUACACAGCUCCAUGGAGGAUGAUAUUCUUCUCUGAGACCUUUGGCAUCAGAUCCCUGCAGACCCCAGCCAGGCGACUCCUGGAGCUGCUGUUUGACUACAGUGUUGAAAACAGACCAGUUCUUUUCCAUGUUUUCAGCAAUGGUGGUGCCAUGCUGUACCGUUACAUCAUUGAAGCGCUCCACACCCACAAGCCGUUUCAGAACCUCAGAGUAGCUGGCACCAUUUUCGAUAGCGCCCCUGGCAGAAGAAACUUGCGAGGAGGCCUUCGUGCCAUGGCAACUGUCUUGGUCUCCAUGAACAUGCUGCUCAAGUAUUUGCUGCUGUUCACUUUUGCCAGCAUGGCCGUUGUGCUGCGGAUCCUGCUGUACCCCCUGACCCGCUUCAUCCACGAGAGCCAUUACGAUGCCCUGCUGAAAGCGCCCUCGCGCUGGCCCGAGCUCUACCUUUAUUCCCAGGCUGAUCUCAUCAUCAAGGCCAGCGAGGUUCAGCUCAUGGCCAGUGCCCGGCAGCAGCUCGGUGUUCCUGUGAAAGCUGUGGACUUCUCAGAUUCGCCUCAUGUCAGCCACAUGCGGGUGUACCCCACCUAUUACCACAGCCUCUGCACGACUUUCCUGUCUGACUGUGUCGGGGGCUCACCUCCUUAGUGCUCUAAUGACCUUCAGUGUUUGCCUCUUCUUGCUCAGCUCCUAUGGGAUAUGUCACCCCCUUUCCUUUUGUGUCUUUGAAACCAGGAAAGUAGUUUUUUCCCCUACCAUGUACAAGUCUGAAAGCCUCCAGCCUGGCCUUUGGACCAGCCACGUUAGAGCAGAAAGUAGAUAUGGAUUAAUUUAAAGUCCUGAAACUGAAAUCCUGUCAUGGUUCAUGUUGAUGUACUUUACCAAGGUGUCACAGACCAGAAUCUCACACUGAGUAUUAUUUGUUUCUUCCUGUCUCUUGUUCUCUGCUUUCCUUGUUGUCCCCAAUAUCCAAUGUGCAUGUUCUGUUGCUUGUACUAAUUUUACAAUACACCUCUUCCAUGUCUUUGUUGUUUGUUUUUUUUUUUUUCCCCUCUCUGCCAUUUGUUUUGUCUUGUAGUGAGCAAAAAGAGUCAAGUCUGCAGGACUUUUUGCUUUUCUCAGUGCAUCUCACUUGUACUCUCCUUGAUGGAGAUCAGGCCCUGAAACCAAGUGUAAGACCAGAAAAAGGUGUGUGCAGGGCAGUAUGACCAGACUAUCAUGUGGUUCCAUUAAAUAGCUGAGAUAAAACAGUCAAAGAUCUAUGAUCCUUAGUGGGAGCUUGAAUAUUUGUGAUAACUUUUGCUUCUUCAACCCAGAGGUUUAAGCUAACAUUUUUGAAUGUGUCUAGUGUUUUGUUUCUCUUCCUUCCAGUCUUUUGUGUGUUCUACUGAGUAAUUUUGCUUUCUUGGAGAACUACUUAUUUGUUAUUGUAUGUCUUUGAGCAGCCUGUAUUUUGCAUCUGGAUAUUCAGGGAAACUUUUGGAUUACAGCUGUGCCAGACCCCUGAAACAAAAAGGUGGAAUUGCAGAAGAAAAUGGAACUGUCUCUUGGAACUAUGCUUUAUACUCAGUAUUUUUUAAAUCACCUCCAGCCUACAAAUGACCAUGAAAUACGAUGUUUUUGUCCAUAAUGUUCUCUUCGGAUGAUCAGUCUUUGCAGUCCAUGCAAUGUGUACAAGAAGCUAAUUCCUUCCACCUAGUGAAAAAGUAGCUCAUUGCACUUUACUACUUUACUACAUCCAUGUUUGGGUUUAGGUUUUAUUGUUUAUUUGGGGGAGAAGUGGGGAUAAAGACAGAGGAGAGCCUGCUGAUGUGUUCAUGCUAUGUCACAGCAUAGCAAGCUAAUUAAUAAUAUGAUGAACAGGUUUAACCAACUUUAAAUUGCCAGAAGAAGCUCUGGAGGGCUGUGACAUGGGCCUGUUUGAACAAGGAGCUGCCCUAGAGAGGUAGGCACUUAAAAAGCAGGAGGAGUUUUGCAAAAGGUUCUGCCAGAGGGUGGCUGUGCUGGUCUUGCCCACCCUUGGGGUGCUGUCAUCUACAAUUACAAAACUCUUGCUGUUCUGGAUUGAAACACAGAGGGGGUUGUCCUUGAGAAGCACUAAAAUAAUUUGGAAGUUUAAAACAAGAACUGUAGCACCUCAGAGA